UUACAAAAUGGCACCAAUUAAAAAGCAAGGGAGCAUAUUAACGGCUUGCUUGAAUUUCAUAAAUCUGCAAAAAAUUUUAAAACUUGCUGAAAAUGUGCUUUAUAAUCCCAACUAUCUUUGGGUAACUGCUUUGUUGCUGUUUAUUGCUGAAAUUCCUGUGAAUAUAUUUGUCAUUUGGAAAAUUAAUUACACAGAAAUUGACUGGGAAGCAUAUAUGAAAGAAGUAGAAGGAUUUUUGAACGGAACUUAUGAUUACUCAAAGCUUGAGGGAGGGACUGGUCCGUUAGUUUAUCCAGCUGGCUUUGUUUACGUCUACUCAUUUCUUUAUUUCUUAACGAGUCAAGGUCAAAAUAUCCGAUUAGCACAGUAUAUAUUUACAGCAUUUUAUCUAUUGACAUUAGUUCUAGUCUUUUAUAUUUAUCAGAAAACAAAGAGUAUACCACCUUAUGUUGCAUUUUUUAUUUGUUGUGCUUCAUAUCGAAUUCAUUCAAUAUAUGUACUUCGACUGUUUAAUGAUCCAUUGGCUAUGAUCUUUUUAUACUUCAGUGUUGUAUUAUACUUAAAUGAUUAUUGGUCUUUAGGAUGCUUGUUUUAUUCCUGUGGUGUUAGUAUUAAGAUGAACAUACUGCUUUUUGCUCCUGGGCUUUUUGUUUUAUUACUUGUUAGACAUGGAAUUAAAGGAAGUAUUAAAAAUAUAAGUAUAUGUGCUUUUGUUCAAGUUGUUUUAGGCUUACCAUUUCUUAAAGAAAAUGCCUCAAGUUAUGUUCUAAGAUCUUUUGAUAUAGGGCGACAGUUUUUUUUUGUUUGGACAGUCAACUGGAGAUUUUUACCUGAAAAUAUAUUUUUAUCGCGUUGGUUUCACUUCAUAUUGUUAUUUUUACACAUGUUAGUGCUUAUGUUAUUCAUUCUAAAAAAAUGGCCUAAACCAAAUAAUAGCUGGUUAUCAAUGCUCUCAAAAAGUUAUAAAGGAAGAAUAUUAUCAAGCAAUGAAGUUGUUUUUGUUUUGUUUUCUUCAAAUUUUGUUGGUAUGUGUUUUGCUCGUUCUCUACAUUACCAAUUUUAUGUUUGGUACUUUCAUACAUUGCCUUUUUUGUUAUGGAGCAUUAAAUCAACUCCUGCAUUUAAGUUGUUAAUUCUUGGGCUGAUUGAAAUGUGUUGGAAUACCUAUCCAUCAACCAGUUUAUCAUCUGGAGUUCUUCAUAGUUGUCAUUUUCUUAUAUUAAGUGGACUGUUAAUUAAAAACAUAAACUUUGAAAGAAAACAUGAAUAGUUCAAUAAAAUAAUGUUAAAUUGUUUAUACAAUUAGAAUAUUUGGUGUUUUUAUUUCUAUACAUAUGUAUCAGAUUUAAAGAAAAUAUUAUAAAAUCAUAUCAGAAUAAAAAAUCA